UCAGGUGCAGCAGAGAGCUGAUUCGGAGUAUGAGGGUUAUCAGAAUUGCAAACUGGAAGCAGAAUGGUGUUGUUCCGAGAAGGCCAUGAUCCACUUAAAGGCGCCAACAUUGGACAAAGACAGAAAUUUGCUCUAUGUGGGGGCCCGUGAUGCCAUCUAUGCCAUCAAUCCCAGUACCAUGACGCUAGAGAAAAGUAUCACUUGGAAUGUUCCAGAGGACAUCGAAGAGGAAUGUAUCAGCAAAGGCAAAAGUGCCCAGGACGACUGCUUCAACUCUGUCUGUUUCCUGCAGAUCUACGAUAGCUCCCAAAUGUAUGCCUGUGGCACUUAUUCCUACAAGCCCAAGUGCGUCUUUAUUAAUCUAGACGAUUUCUCCAUAGUUGAGGAUUCCUUGGAAGAUGGGAAGGGAAAGUGUCCCUAUGACCCAGCAAAGGAACAAACAGGCCUUCUUGUGGAUGGUGAGCUCUAUACAGCGACACUCACCAACUUUCUAGGCAGUGAGUCGGCGAUCCAGCGCACCUCGAAAGAAGGCGAUACCAUUAAGACCGAGGACCACUUAUUCAAUGAUCCCAAUUUUGUGGGCUCGACUUAUAUUAAAGAGAGUGAAGGCAGUGAAGAUGAAGACGAUGACAAGGUCUACUUCUUCUUCAAUGAGAAGGCCCUGGAGUAUGACUGGGAGGUGGAGCAAGUGGUGGCACGUGUGGCCAGAGUCUGCAAGGGGGACCUGGGUGGUGACCGACUAUUGCAGAAAAAGUGGACAACAUUCCUCAAGGCACGGCUGGUAUGCUCCCGUCCAAAAGAGUUUCUGUAUUUCAACCGGCUGCAGGGAAUCUAUGUCCUGAGGAAGGAAGACUGGCGGGACACCAUCAUCUUCGGGGUCUUCCGGGCACACUGGGCAGAUACAGAUAUUUCUGCUGUCUGCCAGUAUCCACUUCAGACUGUGCUGAAAGCUUUUGAAGGAGCUUACAAGGAGUAUAAUGAGGACUCUCAUAAGUGGAAUCGGUACUAUGGUGAAGUGCCCAGCCCUCGUCCUGGAACCUGUAUCACCAAAACAACCCGGAGUGAAGGCAUCUCCAGCUCACUGGAGAUGCCAGCCCAAACCCUCGGCUUUGUCAGGAACCACCCAUUGAUGGAUGAUGCAGUGAAGCCUCAGGACAACAAGCCCCUGAUGUAUGUGAAGGAUACAAACUUCACCCAGAUAGUGGCGGAUCAAGUGGAAGGCCUGGAUGGCAAAAUUUACACCGUGCUGUACAUUGGGACAGAUGAAGGGAUGCUGCACAGAGCGCUGCUCCUGUCCUCAGGUCUCAGAUACAUGAGAACGCUGAUGCUCUCUAACCGAGGCUGGGCUGUCAAGGGUCUGAUUUUACACUCUGAGUUGAAAGUGCUGUUAGCUGUCUUCAACAAAAAAGUCCUCCGGAUUUCCAUCAAUGACUGCAGCGCAUACGAGUCCUGUGUCAACUGUAUUACAUCCAAAGAUCCCUACUGUGGGUGGAACAAAGAUGAACAACGCUGCGUCCCCAUUGCUGACUCUGAUAAGUCCGCGAUAUACCAAGAGUUGGAAUCGCCGGUGGAUCUUUCAUUGUGCGCCACCACCGCCCGCAGCGGCAUCCCAGCAGUAAAUGCCCGCAGCAGGAGCGGAGGAUACCGUGUCUGUCCAAAGUGUAUUGUCAAAAACCAACAUGAUGCGUGUCACAUGGAGUCAUCCACCUGUGUCAUCAGUAGCCAUGGCUUUUGUUUUAGCCGGAUGGUGAUGAAAGAUGGAAUAUUUCGACAUAUUGAACGGGGCUGUAUAUUUAAAUGUGCACUUUCAAGUGGGGAUGUUUUCCGGUGUUGUCGUGAUAGAAACUUCUGCGACAUCUGACCCUAAUGAUCUACCAUCAACGCCAACUUGAGGGUCGGAUUCUGGGGGCUGCCAUAGCUCUCUGAUCUACUCCCCACUGCUUUUCACCCCGACCCCCUGCUUGUGUCUGUCCUUCCUGUAGCUUGAAGCUAAGCUUGUGAGAAGCAGGUUCCGCUCAGUUCAGUGGGGUGGACUUCCUGGAGGGCAUGCUUCAGAUCACACCUCUAAUCAGAUCUGGAGUGCAGACUUCAUUUCAGUCCCUGGAGCUUUUGUUAUUUUCUGGAGACCAUUCACUGUCUGCCUCUGGGACCCCACGUACAUUUGAUGAAACAUAUUAAACAUAUUUAUGUGCCCA